AACAACCUGGACAACCAGUUACCGCUCGAUGGAAUGACGGACUUCCGGCUACCACCGACGACUAUGAAUCUUUGGGCGACCACCGACGAUAAUACUUCAAUGAUGGAAGCUUUUAUGUCUUCCGAUCUGUCGCCGUUUUGGCCGCCCCCACCGUCACUGCUACCAGCACCGCCACAAUCUUCUGCAGCUUCAACAACAACGAAUACAAUUGACCCGACAAAGAGUUUGAUCCAAUCUCAACCGUCCGCUCCUUUCUUCAACCAAGAGUCCCUUCAACAGCGCCUUCAAGCCCUAAUUGAUGGCUCUCGAGAGAGCUGGACCUACGCUAUAUUCUGGCAAGCUUCGGCCGGUGAUUACGCGGGUCCAUCGUUGUUAGGGUGGGGUGACGGAUACUACAAAGGGGAAGAAGAUAAAGGAAAGCGCAAAACGGCGUCGUCUGUAACCUCGGCUGCUGAACAAGAGCAUCGGAAAAAGGUCCUCCGUGAGCUCAAUUCUCUUAUUUCCGGUCAACAAGCCUCCCCUGACGAAGCCGUCGAUGAAGAAGUGACAGACACGGAGUGGUUUUUCUUGGUUUCGAUGACUCAGUCGUUCGUUAAUGGAAAUGGACUUCCAGGCCAGGCCUGCUUCAAUUCGGCUCCGGUUUGGGUCGCCGGAGCGGAAAGACUCGCGACGUCUAACUGCGAGCGAGCCCGUCAAGCUCAAGGGUUUGGCUUACAAACCUUGGUCUGUAUACCAUGCUCAAAUGGUGUGGUGGAGCUGGGUUCAACUGAAUUGAAGUUUCAGAGCUCGGAUCUUAUGAAUAAGGUUAGGGUUUUGUUCAAUUACAAGAGUAUAGAGAUGGGCUCGGGAUCUGGCUCAGGGUCAGGCUCGUGGGCUUUGCCGACUGAUCAUGGCGAGAAUGAUCCGUCGGCGCUUUGGCUUACCGAUCCUUCGCCGCCGGCUAAGGAGUCUAUUGAUACUGCUCCGGCGAAUUCAAUUCCUUCGAGUAAUCUGUUAGUGUCCAAGCAAACAGUGUUUGAAAAUCCUAGUUCGAGUACGUUGACUGAAACUCCUAGUUCAAUUCAUGUUCACAGUCACCCUCCACAGCACCAAAGCCAAGCACAGGGGUUUUUCACCAGGGAAUUGAAUUUCUUUGAAUCUGGGUUUGAUGGAAAUAGCAUUAGAAAUGUGAAUUCACUUUCGUGCAAGCCCGAAUCGGGGGAGAUAUUGAAUUUUGGGGAGAGGAAGAGAAGUUCAAGUAAUGGAAAUGGAAAUUUGUUUUCGGGUCAAUUGCAAUUUGGGGCUGCAGAGGAGAACAAAAAGAAGAGAUCUCCCACCUCGAGGGAGAGUAAUGAAGAGGGUAUGCUUUCCUUUACUUCGGGUGUGAUUUUGCCUUCUUCGGGUACCGUGAAGUCGAGUGGUGGUGUUGGUGGUGGAGAGUCAGAUCAGUCCGAUCUUGAGGCUUCGGUGGUGAAAGAGGUUGAUAGUAGUAGAGUGGUGGACACUGAAAAACGACCGAGAAAGAGGGGAAGGAAGCCUGCCAAUGGGAGAGAAGAGCCAUUGAAUCAUGUUGAGGCAGAGAGGCAGAGGAGAGAGAAGCUUAAUCAGAGGUUCUAUGCCCUCCGAGCUGUGGUUCCGAACGUGUCGAAAAUGGACAAGGCUUCACUUCUUGGUGAUGCUAUUGCCCAUAUCAAUGAGCUGAAAUCGAAACUUCAAAGUACGGAAUCAGAUAAAGAUGACUUGAGGAAUCUAGUGGAGUCAUUGAAGAAGGAAUUGUCUAGCAAAGAAUCGCGGUAUUCAGCUCCACCUCCACCAGAUCAGGAUUUGAAAAUGUCGAAUCAUCAUGGAAGCAAUAGGGUAGAUGUGGAUAUAGAUGUGAGGAUAAUUGGGUGGGACGCCAUGAUUCGAAUCCAAUGUAGUAAAAAGAACCACCCGGCAGCAAGGCUAAUGACAGCCCUUAAGGAGCUAGACCUAGAUGUGCACCAUGCCAGUGUUUCUGUAGUGAACGAAUUGAUGAUUCAGCAAGCCACGGUGAAGAUGGGGAGCCGGAUUUACACGCAAGAACAGCUUAAGAUAGCCUUAUCAUCCAGAGUUUCCGAAACAUGAUAAGCAUUGGGAUAGGGGGCUUGCACUUUACAAUAAGCUUCAAAGACUAGAUUGCUUUGUCAAUUGUGUUUUAAGACUGGGAAAUUUUGAGGCUCCCAGAAGUUAAAACUCUGUACAAUACUUCCUCCCUGCUCGGUCCUUUAGUAGUUUUUAGUAUAUCCCCGAGGUUGAGGCCAAUCUAGAUUGAAAGCCAGGUGAACACGGCUUUGAUAUUAUUUUUCGUGUUGAUCUUCUGUCUAGUUCGUGUCUAGUCGUGUAUACCUCUCGUGUAUAUAAGCAUAGAACCUGGUGAACUUAUCGGGUUCUUAGCCAUGUCAACUGAAGAUCAUAUGCUGCUUGUUAUGUAUCUAUGAUCUGCAUAUGUUUUAUGUACCUGUAUUGUCUGUCAAUUAGUGUUCUUGAUUGAUUUAAACCAUUUGAAGAAC